AUGGGAAUUUCAGAUUUCUUCUUAUUCAAAGGUGCACCUGAAACCGAAGGGGAUGCCAGAGAGAAUGAUCAAACACACAAUAUGUCUUUUGAAGGGUUUGUAGACCCUACUGGAGCAGUUGGACCAAACGUUCAAUUCAUAGUCGGCGAGAACAAUGCAAAUUUCGAAGGAGAGAUUCCCAUGCUGCCGGCAGCUGCCAUAAUGGCUGCUGGCAAUGACUUCAAGGAUCCACAGUUCAUUGUGGUGAAUUAUCUACUUGAUAUCUGUCAAGGAAACGGUUGGUUCAAGUUGGUGGAUCCACUUGAACCUUGUGUUAUCAAAAUGAACAGUAGAAAGGGAAAGGAGGCUAAGUACAGAUAUUUGCCAGCUUGUGACUACAUAGCACCAUUUUCUUUCGUUGACUGCGCUGCUCGAUUUCUUCGAUCUGAUGUGUGUGUGCGAGUAUCAUUUCCUGUCAUUCAUGCUAUCUUGGACGUGUUCUCUGAUAAAAAAACAGUGACUCUAGAUGCGGACCACAACAUUCAAAUCAUUGAAAACAUUCCUGACUUGCAGUGGGUUCGGAAGUACCAGAAUUGUGCAUUUGUUCGUAAUGAGAAGAGUUUGGUAUGCUGGCAUAACUCAGUUCAAGAAGUGACUUCAUAUGUCCGAACACUCGAGAAAAAGAUGGUGGACUAUGUAUGGGAGAAGGGAAACGCAGUUGAUUUGAAUGCUACGGAGUAUGUGCCACGUGUUACCUUUACGGGAGCACUCCAUAAGUUUCCAAAAUCUGACAGUGGUUCUGACGACACUACGGAGGAGAAGCUGGAGAACAUCGUUUUCCAAAAAGUAAUUUCCGAGAACUCUUCCGAGACUUCCAAAAAACCAAACUUAACCAAAACGUCUUCCAGAUUAUCUGUUGCAACCCCUACGAAUAAGGUGUCGAUGGACCUAUCUGAAAGCAACUACACUAACAAAGUAUCGAUGGAUUUAUCUGAAGGCAGCAUCAACAGAAGGGAACCAUUGGAUUUUUCUGAGUUGCACGAGCCGACCGAAGAAAAAGAGAAGAUUGGCGCAUCUUCGAAUUCUUCUCAGAACAAUGAGAAUGAGAACCACUCUACGAAGUCCACACAACUGACCACCAAAGAAAGGAUAUCUAUCACCGAGGAAAGCAUUCAAGAUGUGAGUAGCAAUAACGAAGUGGAAUUGGAACUGCAAGUCUCUGAAAGACCGGUCAUGUACACUCAUGCAACCAUGUCUGCGCUUUCUGUUGCGUUGGUGCUCACUUGGUCGGGGUUGCAAAUUGCUGAAGUUGCAAAGACCAUAAAGGCAGAAAAGGAUUACUACAUUCUUUUUUCAUUGCUAAUGGUGGCUCCAUACUUCCUCUUCACCAGUUUCUUUGGUUCUGCAGUCAUCUCAGUUGUGUUCUACAUCUUAGGACCCAUUUCGCAAAUGGAGAGAAACUCCUACUCUUAUUCGGUAAACAAAGUACCGAGAAUCAAAGCCGUCAAUGGGAACUUACCUCAUGUAACCAUUCAAUGCCCAGUUUACAAAGAAAAGUUAGAAUCAGUCAUCAAGCCUACUGUCAAGAGUCUUCAAGCAGCUAUCCGAACCUAUGAACUUCAAGGUGGAUCUGCGAACGUUUUUAUCAACGACGACGGUUUGCAAUUAAUCGAUCGCGAGGAAGCUCUUGAGCGUAUCGAGUUCUAUGAGGAGUGUGGUUUGGGGUACAUCGCACGCCCAGCACAUGGAGACAAUGGAUUCGUCAGGAAGGGAAGAUUCAAAAAGGCUUCCAACAUGAAUUACUGUCUCAACAUCUCAAAGAUGGUAGAUGUUCAAUUCCAUGAACGUUUAGCUGAAAUUGAACAUCCAACACCAAAAGAGGAGUCUGGUCUCUAUCUUGAGGUCCUUGAGGAUGUGGUGAAAGAAGAAGGAAAAUGCUGGGCCGGUGGAGAUAUCCUCCUUGGAGAGCUCAUUCUCAUCAUUGAUUCAGAUACCAGAGUACCAGAAGACUGCUUUAUCGAUUCAGUCUCGGAAAUGUACGCUUCACCUGAGGUUGCCAUCAUCCAGCAUGCAUCUGGUGUGAUGAUGGUUGUUGGAAACUACUGGGAGAAGAUGAUUGCGUGGUUCACUGAUUUAAUUUACUUCUCCAUUUCUUGUGUUUCUGGUAACGGCUUGACCAUGGCUGCUUUUGUUGGUCACAAUGCAUUUCUCAGAUGGUCUGCUAUUCAGGAGUUGGCUUACGUGGAUGAAGAAGACGGAAGAACAAAGUACUGGUCUGAAUCUCAUGUUUCAGAGGACUUCGAAAUGACUUUGAAAUUGGCAUCGCUAGGCUACACUAUUCGUAUUGCAACUUAUCAUGAUCGUGGAUUCAUGGAGGGAGUCUCAUUGACCGUCUAUGAUGAGAUUACUAGGUGGUCUAAAUACGCCUUUGGCUGUGCAGAGAUCAUGUUUACUCCAUUCAAGAAGUGGUGGACAGGAAAGAUCUUUUCCAACCUCUUCAUUCUAUUUCUUAACUCAGGUAUCCCACUUUCAUGCAAGUUCAGUAUUUUGAGUUACAUGGGAACAUAUUUUGCUAUUGCAAGCUCAUUGAUUAUGCUUAUAGCUAACUAUUUUAUUGUGGGAUACUAUAAUUGGGGCUAUUCUAGAGUGUACAUUGAUGCAAUGAAAGUGUUCGUUUCUGUGUUGGUUGUCUUUGGCUGCGCUUCGCAGGUUGCUUAUAUUAUUGGAAGAUAUCGUAUCUACAAGCAUUCAAUUUGGCAAAUGAUUCUCGAGUUCAGAUACUCAGUACUCUUCUGUGUUUUCAUGGGUGGCCUCUCAUGGCACAUGAUUGUUUCUAUUGGCAGUUACUUCAUGUCGAUAGACAUGCAAUGGGGCGCAACAGCCAAAGACAUUGACGACUCCAAUUUCUUCAAGGAGUUGCCUAAAGCAACGAAAAACUACAGAUUCAUGUACAUUGUUUGCAUUUUAAUAAUUGGUGGUAUGAUAUUGGGUGCAUAUGGUGUCCCAUAUGCUUAUCAGAUAAGGCUCUUGGUGUGCGCCUUACCACUAGGGUGGUCAGUUGCCAGUCAUAUGUUGGCCCCCCUCGUUUUGAAUCCACAGCUCAUGACCUUUGCUUGGUGA